AUGACUUGUGAUCAAGAUUUGGAUGGUACUGUUGUCAGAGGAAGAUCAGUUUGGAAGAAUCAAGAUGGCUAUUUAGCGGGAGAGAAAGCUCCUUUCAAGAGCUUCUACGCCAAUAUGUUUUGGGCUUAUGCUCUGCUUGCACUAUUCUGGUUUCCGGGGUUUGUUCAACAUUGGAAUCAUAGGAUUCAGUUGCACUCUCAUAUUACAUUGGUAAUUGUGCUUGCCAUGUGUGAAUCAGCUCUCCGGUACUAUGAAUUCACCGGUCUCAACUCAACAAGCAUAAGCACUAUGGAUGUUACAUGUUGGGCUAUAACUUUUUCUUCCUUGAAGAUGUCAAUGUCCCGUCUUCUUCUUUUGGUCAUCACUACGGGUUAUGGGGUAGUCAAGAAGCCCAUCGUUGGAAAUAUAGCACUGAGGAUGCAUCUUCUUGGCGUCGUUUAUUUUGUUCUAGCAGAAGCUUACAAGUUGGCUGAACAUCUUGAAACUUUGUCUACAAAUGGAUUGACAUUUAUAAUGCUUCUCUGGGUUGUAGUUGAAAAUUGCGUUAUUCAGUGGACUUUCAGAUCCUUGUGGAAUACCCUUAAGAAACUCAAGGUUAAGAAGAACAUGGCUAAGCUACAACUCUAUGAGAUGUUUGCAACUGCACUAGUUAUCUUGACAUUGCUCAACAUUGCCUUGAUUUAUGUGAAGGUAACCACUCCACAGCUUUUAUGUAUAUACUUGCCUAUGUUCUGCUGCCUACUCAUAUGCCUAUUUUGGGCUCCAUCUGAUAAGCUUACUAGGUACUUGUACAUAGCUGAGAUGGAGGACGAGUUUGAAGAAGAAGAAGGAGCCUCGUUGACAAAAAAACGGAGAGAAGACUGA